AUGAUAAAUAAUAUGGACAACUCUAUUAAUAUGGUUAAAAGCAACCAUGCUGAAUCGACUUCAGUGAACAAACCUCGUAAUAUAUACAAAUUGGAGAUCGUGUGGCGCAAUGUGGCCAUGUUUAUAUUGUUGCACCUUGUUGCUGUCUAUGGACUUUAUAUUAGCGUUUUUUACGUAUCUAUCAAUAUGAUCUAUUAUUUAACAGCUGUCAACUUUCUAUGUGGCUUGGGUAUCUUAGCAGGCGCUCAUAGGCUUUGGGCGCACCGAUCAUACAAAGCUCGGCUCCCAUUGAAGAUAUUUCUGGCAAUACUCCAAACGGCGAGCAUUCAGAACGACAUCUACGAGUGGGCGCGCGAUCAUCGCCUGCACCACAAACACAGCGACACCGACGCCGACCCACACAACUCCCGGCGCGGGUUCUUCUUCUCACACGUCGGUUGGCUUUUGUGUCGAAAACACCCGGAAGUGAAGGAAAAGGGAAAGACGGUUGACAUGAGUGACCUGUGGGCCGACCCUCUUAUCAGAUUUCAGCGCCGCUUUUAUAUCCCGCUCACAAUUAUCAUUCGCUUAACUCUUUUCACAUAUCUUCCUAUGCGUUGGUUUAAUGUUUCAUAUUUGGAUGGUUUGGCCAUAAAUAUGAUGGGACUGGUAGUCAAUCUGAACCACACUUGGCUCGUCAACUCAGCCGCGCAUAUAUACGGUUAUAAGCCCUACGACAACACCAUUAAUCCCAAAGAGAACAGAGCUGUUGUCUAUAUGGCAUUAGGUGAAGGGUAUCAUAACUAUCACCACACGUUUCCAUACGACUACUCGGCCUCAGAGUACGGGUGGGCCGAUGGGUUCAAUCCCGCGACCGCUUUCAUUGAUUUGUGCUAUAAAUUAGGUUUGGCUUACGAUCUAAAGAAACCAACGAAAGAGACUAUUGAACAGCGC